GGCAGUUUCCCAGCGGUCGCCAACCUAACCCUACGUCGCGGCACGUAUUAAGAAUUCACAGCAAAUCGAACCUUACUACCCCGUGAUAGUGUGUUUCAAUAUUGUGAUUUAUCAAGUGUUAUCUGUUUUACAAUUAGUGAUGUACUUAAGUGUUUUCUAAGAAGGAUCGUCGCAUGGAGUCGUGGAGCGUUCGGUGUUGAAAAAUGGUAAAACAUAUCAAGUAGACAUCCGCCUGGCAGAUAAGACAGCAGCAAUUUAAAGAUGAGAUGGCGAGUGGCCGGCGGGAUGGGCGUACCGCUUGCUGCUGCUGUCUUCUUCAUGCUGCCUCUUUUCACAUCGCCUACAGGAGAUAUACGACAUCACGGCACAUCUCGAGCGCGCGGCUGGCGCGCAGGCGCUCAGCCCUCCACCGAAGUGGCGGCUAACAACUCUGUCAGCAACAUUACAGCGCAGCUGGGGGGCACCACGUAUCUACACUGUCUUGUGGGCCACCUUAGUGAACGAGGGCAAGUGUCCUGGAUCAGAAAAAGGGACUGGCACAUUCUGAGCUCGGGGAAGUUCACUUACACCAACGACGAGAGGUUCCAGGUCCUACAUGGUUACGACGGCGAGGACUGGACUCUACAAAUCAAGUUCGUACAGAAAAGAGACAACGGCACCUAUGAAUGUCAGGUGUCGACUCGAACGGGCAUCGUGUCACACUAUGUGCGGCUUCAAAUAGUGGUGCCCGAAGCAUUCAUACUUGGCUCGGGAGAGCACCACGUGGAUAUGGGCAGCGUCAUACACCUCAUAUGCAUCGUUGAGAAGAGUCCAACACCCCCUCAAUACGUGUUCUGGUACCACAACGACCGCAUGAUCAACUACGACGCGACGCGCGGCGGCAUCACGGUGGAGACGGAGCCGGGUGCGCGUACGCAGAGCAGGCUCACCGUGCGCGACGCCACGCUAAAGGACUCCGGGAACUAUACGUGCAGCGCGAGCAAUACGGAGCCGGCUAGCAUACACGUGUUCGUGUCUGAGGGCAGCAACAAAAUGGCCGCCAUCCUCCGACGGAAUGAGAGCGCCAUCACAGGGAUCGCGUCGAGCGUGACAUGCAUGCUGUUGCUAGCAUCCGUGCUGCUGCAGUGCGGUCUGCGAUGACGGAGCGAGGAGCAGGAGUAGGCUAAAGUGUCCUUUAGGUUAGACCGAGCGUUGUGGAGUAAGGGAGGUUAGGAUAAACUUAAGCUAGAUCCAGCAUAGUCCUCUCCAAAGAAUUUAAAGACCAUUUCAGUGUAUUUUAAACUUUCUUAGGCACUUUUAGCUACUCUCAGCUCUUACCUUAAUCCUUGAUAGGUGGCUCAUAUUUUUUCCCUUUCUGUUUGUAACGUCAUAUUAUCAAAAUCUUUCUGCACAACAGUCACUACUUUGAAAAGACUACUUUCUGUAUUUCUGUCCGUAGUUCCGCAGAACAACCGUCAUUCCAGCAGCUUCUUACAUCAGUGAAACAUUUUCAAAAUUCUUUGCCAAUUUAACAAGAUUUUUUCUGCUACCACAAGAACAAGCGUGAAUGACUGCAUUUGGCUAGUUCUGCGGAACAGCUCUCUACCUAGGUGUCUAAAACUGUAAUCUUCUGCUACAUCUCAAACUGUCUUUAUUGCUGUUUUUCUGAUAUCAGUAGCCAGUACAACACUUGAAAUUAUAUGUAUGACUAUUUUCGAAGUGAUAAAACUGAUAAAAGUCAAUGAUGUCCAGGCGGCGUAGCAUGGUCGCGUUUUUAUCCCUUGUCACCAUGCCUGUCACGUUCUAACAAGUUUGUUAGUGCGAAAGGGACGCGCAUAGUGAUAGUCGAUAAAAAUGGAACCGUGCUGCGCCCGCUGCACGAAUGUUACUCUGCCUAUCGUAGCUACAGUCACCAUCGGAGCGGCGGAGGUGCUAAAAAAUACCUGAACACGCACUUUAACGCCUUGACAGUAGAGGUGUGUUCAGAUAUUUGUGAGCACCUUGGCCGCUCCGAUAUAUCGGAUGCCGAUAUUUCUUUUGAUGUUUUUUUUUUUGUCGUAUUGCGAUAAUCGUAUAUUCGAAACGAGAAAAUCGUACCGUGAAUACCUUUUACCUUCGUAUUUUUCACUGAUAAAAGAUGAGUAAUUUUCUCCACCACAUUGACAUAUAUCUAAGGACCGGCCUUACGGGCACUAAUAAUGGUAUUAGUUCAGCGGUUAUAGGUACUCACGAAUUCGAGCAAAUCGUGCAGUCUAACAUCAUCAACCAUCAUCAUUAAAAAAUCGCGCGCCUGAUGUGAACUCAUCAACCAAUCGCGUUGUAGCGGUGUACUGGCCCCAUUCAUACCUCAUUCUUAUUGCCCGUAAGGCCAGUCCUUAGGUAUAUAGGUCAAUGCUCCACCGAUAAUUCUCGUAAAGGAACAACAGGAAAAUACGGAACCUACUUACUCCUAAUCAAUCUUACUCUACAACUGUAACCAACUAGUUUACCGAAUAAGGCUCGUUCGAUUUCUUCCGAAGAACUUUUCUACCAAAUAGCGAAUUGUUUAUCUCGUAACAUGUUGGCGUAUCUAAUCCCUGAUUACUGUUAAUACAUGUUGAAUAAAUAAAUAACAAAACAUAAACGCCUGUGCUAUUAAUUCUGAUUUCUUUUGGAUUGUUUUCUUUUAUUGAGGUGUGUAUAAAGAGUACCUAUUUGUAUUGUAUUGUAUUGUAUUGUAUAAACGGCACUGCCGUAGCUAAAUAGGACAUCCUUUUAACCUUUUCGACGCCAUGUCAAACACAAAAGCAGUCACUCGGAUGCCACGUCACCGAAGUGUCAAAACUGAAAUUGAACUUUAUGCAUAUUGCACGUAGGUCUGUGUUGCUCUGUGGUCUGUGACGGAUUAAUCGGUAUUUGGCGUUGGACCUACGGUGCGGAUAUAUUGUUCAUUGGCGUCCAAAAUGUUAAAUACUUUAAAAUGUUCAUAUUUUAAAUAGAGUCCGUCUAAGCUAUCUCUGCAUCGAUUUUGACAUAUAACAAUGUGGAAAUGUCAUUAGGUAUAAUCGUAAUUUUUCCAUAAAAAUCCGUAAGUCAUGAUGCCACACUUUUCAUUGCAAGGGGAUUUUAAAACAAAAAAACAUGUUUCUGAUUACCCACGAUGUUUUAAAUUGCGUGAUUUCUCUUACUAACCUAUUACCAAAGAGAAUAGAUAGUAUAGAGGGCUAUUGCCAAAGUAAAUUUUGUAGUCACGGUACAUUUACUUCACUGAUAUGAGUUAAAAUUGUUAAAUAUCAAACGGUGUCGUUAACGCCAUCUAGCCGACAAAAGGCCAAAGGUGUGUGCGCCAUCUAUUCGAGAAUGACUUUUUCUUUUUUUUUUAGACUUUAAGUAUUUAUCUUAUACGGAGUUAUAUAUAUAUAUAUAUCUCUGCUAUUACUAAGUGUAACUGUUCGCGGUAGGUCUGAUGCUCAUGCUGCAUUUGACAGUCAACAUGUAUCUUUGUAAUGAAAUCAAGGAUUCAAGAAAUCAAGGAUCAGAUGCACUAACAAAUCUAUUCCUCAUUAAACAUAAAUAGACGAAUUGUAAUUAAUAGUGUAGUCCAUAAUAAAUAUCGGAGAAUAAAUAUGUAAUGUAACCAAAAAUAUUACUCUAUGUAAAAUAAUGUUUGUUUGUAUAUUACGUUACAUGUAGGUAAGACAAUGUGCAAUAAAUGUAAUAUCAAUUAGAAAUGAUCAAAAUUAUCUAAUUAUUUCGCUUAUUGAAUUGUUUAACAUUGUUGUAAUUCUACGUAAAUAUAAUAAUGUUGUUUCAUAACUAAAUUAACUAAAUAAUAAUUAUCAUUUCCAUUAUUUUCCAUUAUCAGAACAAUAAUAAAAAAUCUACUUUAGCCCCUCAAUUGCCACGUAUGGAGACGAUAAUCAAUGUUUAACAGUUUUAAUGUAUAAACAUGCCUACUUAAAUUAUAUCACUAUACUCUUUGUCACAUAUAUAGCGGUCAUCUGCGGUAAAAUUUUACAUAUUUAAUAUCGGUCAUAAUUAAUGUUAUUUAUUUGCCUUUUCUUAACCAUUUGUAGUAGCAAACGUAACCUUAUUAAAACAGGAAAUAACACGACCACUCCAAUAUUUCAAAAAUAUUAACAGUGGCAUUACGCUCAAUGUAACUUAUAAUUUGGUCACGUAAUCUAAAGUGUAACUCUAUUCUAGCAUAGGUACAUGAAUUCAAAUUUAAGUCAAUUAUGGUAAAGCAGAAAUACCUAAUACAUACCUAUCAUAUUAACUCACAUUUAUAGACGGGUCUAUCGCAAAUCUAUUCUAUUAACUUUAUUUACCGCGAACGGCUAACGACUUAGCCGCGACCACGACCAGUGAAACCUGGGGGCCGAUUUUUGAAUUUCGACCACUCUAUUUCGUGUAUUUCGUUAAAUAAUAUCUCCACUACUAGGCAUUUAAAUUCUACUAAUAUAAUUUAAAUCGAGUGGUCAAUACCAAUAGAAUCCACAUUUCGAUCGCUCGUAUUUCAAUAAUUAGCAUUUCGCCGUUUUCCACCCAUUUUCGAGUGACGAAAUCGAGCAUCGAAAUUCAAAAAUCGACCCCCUGUGUCGAAACGUCGGUAAAUAAAGGUAAUAAAAUAAAUUCGCGAUAGACCCGUCUAUGAAUGUGGACUAAUAUGUGUUCAAAACGCGUAAGUUUUAAUUAAAUAUUACAUACCUAUCAGUAACGUAAUCAAUGCGUAUAAUUUACAAUAUCAGAAUGCGAUUCACUUAUUAAAUCAUUUGAGAUAACUAUUUAAUUUAAUCCAAAAAUUAUACUGGGAAAUUAGUUGGUCGCUUAAUUAUUGUUGUUUUAAUUAUAUAGCAUAUCUAAUCAUUUUUCAUAUACCUCGCGAUACUAAUUUUAUUUUAAUGUUUAUGCACUGUCACGGAAGACAGGGAUCGGGAGGGAAUUAAAAAUAUGUGAUUUUCCGUUGGAGAAGGGUCCUUAUGCUCCAUGUGCUGAUGGAAAGCCACAUUUUUAGUUUAGUGACUGCUCGGCAUUAGUCACUAUUCUUCAUAGUCUUAAAUGUAAAAAUAAAUAGAAUAAGUACUUCAUUCCAAGGAAUAAAAAUCUAGAAAUAUUUGAGAUGUGUAGAUGAGUUUUUAACAAGCAUGACAAUUCUAAACUAAGUAACAAAUGUGUGCUGUGUAUUCAAAUACACUAGUAUUCGUCAACUUGUUAAAAUCGAAGAUUUUUUAUCAUAUACUUAAAAGUGUAUGGGAAAUCUUGAUCUAGGUAAUAGAUAAAAACAUAGAAUAAUACUAUACUUGUAUAAUAAAAUAUAGGUAAUGUUUGAAAUAAAUGAAAAUUGUUACUUUAUUUAAUGUAAAUAUAUGGAUUAUUUGAAUGAAGAGAAGAGUAGAUAAUUAUAUCGAUAAUUAUUUAGAAUUAAGUAUUGUAAAUAUUUGUCAGUGUUAUUUAAAUUACUGUACAAACAAUUUUGGUGAUCUGUAUGCAAUAAAGAUUUCUCCGGA